AUGCCGCGCUUGGGUGAUAAGAAUGCUGCACAACUGAAGGCGUGUUACAACGGGCGCACGCCCCACGCAGACGGACAAGUGCGCGUGAGAGAUUCGGAAGCGGCAGUUUUGGAUACUUGGGAGGAUCUUCUAACAUGCUCCAGCAUCAAGUGCCAGCACUUCGUGAAGGUGGCUUCGCUACUUGUGGAGCUCAUGUGCAGAAAUGCAGUUGAAAACGGAGCUGCUCUUGAAGCGAUAGCAUUCUUGUUGGAUUCUGGCCUACAAGAAUACGCCGCUACUAAAGAGGAGACCAAUUUUCAGGCCGCGCUUCUUGAGCUUUGCAACGCCGUCACGACGUGUCACAAUAAGACCUCGUUGUCUGAGAUUGUACCACUUUCGAGCAGAGCAGGUUUGGCAGAGGAGUUAUGGGCCCUCCUAUGCCGCCUCCUUCUCCAAGCUGACAGCCUGCCCGCCUUGCAAGACGCUGCGUCCGUUGCUCUUCAGAAGCUCUCUCUACAGCUGCCCAGACCUGGACGUCUUGCGCUGCACUCUUCCAUCCUUGGAGUUCUCAGCGCAGCUGCCGGUCAAUUGAGCACUACGUCGAUUGUCAACUUGCUAAACCUGCUCGCCGGCAACGCUGCUUCUGGCGGCUACCUGACACAGCAGACCGCUCAAGAACUCCGCAUGCUAGCUCUGGUAAAGGACCAAAGCCUGAGUGCUGCUGCAUCAAAGACGGUAGCUGCUCUACCCGUCAAGGGCAGCGUUUUGACGGCUGCUGAAGAGAAGUUUGUGUUUCUUGAAAGGACGCUUCUCCCGUGGCCCGUUCUGAAACGUGCAUCCGAGCAAGAGUCCCCAGCGAUCAUACCUGAAAGAUGUGAGCCGUUUGAACCUGCGAGCAUCGAAGUAAGCGAGAGCCCGGAGAAGCACAUCCUUCUCAGCCCUUACCCGUUUGUACCGUGCCGAGCAGCCACGCGGCAGGUUUUGAGAAGCGGUGAUCAACAAGAAUUUUCAAGUGAUCCUUUAGCCAGGAAGACCCCACCUAGAGGUAGCCAGAUCCAAUCUGAAGCCCCGGCGUCCCCUUUGGUCCUGCACCCUAGCCCGCUAAGCCCCAAAAAAAGCGCUGGUCCUCCACGGUCCCCUUUGAGUUCCAAGUCACCAACCUUCAGCAGGUCGAGAGACCUGGCCCGUGUUGCAGCUAGUAAGAGCCCUCAGAAGGAGCAGCGCGCCCUUUCACCACCAACCAAGAAUCAAAAGCUUACGCCUACGGGAGCAGCUAAGAAGGUACUCUUCUCGACAGACGGAACCAGCAAAGACUUGGCCACAAGGUCCCCGCUGCGAGAAAAGGUCGCGAUGCAGAGAAGCAGCGGAGGAGGUCAGGGUCCUGCGCCAUCAUCCCCGCUGGACAGACCUUCUAGCAGCAGAACGCUGGGCCAGGUGGCGAACCACUUUGAGGCGAGGAAAGAGGUGUGGAAGAAGACGGCGGCAAAGAAGAAGGAGUCCGACUACGACAUUCCCAAACCAGAUGCACAGAAGGAUAUUGUCUCAGCCGGUGUCCAAGUUUCUUCGCCAAAUGGGAGUUUCACUGGAGCUGAACUCGAAGGAGUUGUAGAGAAGCCGCCAGAAGGCUCCGCAGCUCUGCUGAAGCCAGUCGAAGUGUUCGGUAAAGCGGCAAUGCACGCCAAUACCAUAGAUACGUCAGAGGUAGUCCUCGAAAAGCAGACUGCCACUUGGCAAUACGACACAUUGAGUGCGGAGGAGUGGCUCCAGUUGGCAAAGCUAGAAGAGUCGUCAGCAGCCGAGGAUAGCAUCAAGGACAGCAAUUUGUCAGAAUAG